CUUAGUUAUAUUUCUGAACACUCGGUGAAAAGAUCCAAGCAAAGGUUGAUUAAGACAUUCUCAAAAACUUGAAAAUUAGUGGAAUCUUUCAAUAAUUUCUAUAAAAAUGUGGAAAAUUGUGUCAAGUCUUGUAAUUCUCGGCGUUUUCUUUUACGCUACACAAGCUCAAGAUUCAUGUCUUCAAUGUACAUCAUCGGCCGUUCAUCCAGAAUGCAUAUCCCCUGAUGGUGGAAACUUUUUGUCAGCAUGCCCAGCUGGUCAGUCAAGGAACCAAUCAUGCUAUACAAGAAUUGAUGAUGGUGGAAAUGUCGAACGUGGUUGUCUAGGAAGAUUACCAAAUGAAACCAUUAAUGCAUGUGAAACUGAAACUUGUCAAGUUUGUAUUGGCCCUGGAUGUAAUGGUGAAACGUUCCCAACAGGUCGUCUUUCAUGUAUUGUCUGCUCGGGUGGCGAAAAUUCAACAUGCGCUGGUAACGUGACAAUGUCUGGAACAGUCUGUCCUAUUUAUGCUGACGAUGAUCAAUGCUAUGUUGCUCGACCAAAUGGAAAUUGGGAACGUGGAUGUCUGUCUUCAUUAACAACUCGAUGUCUCACAAAUGGAACAUGUUCGUUGUGUUCCGGUCAAGGAUGCAAUUUUGGUGACUUCAAUGGCGCUGUCAACAUUCAUUCAAGCAUUCAAAUCUUUGCUUUUGCACUUCUCAGCAUAAUCGUUACUAUGCUCAAUAAAUAAACAUCAAAACGUUUUUAAAUUUCCUUAUUUUCCAAUAAUUUGUCUCAAAAUUUAAAUUUCAAAUGUUUAAUAAAAUUUAGUAGAAAGGAAUUAAAAAGAGAUAUUUAAGAUUUCCUGACUUAU